GCCUUCUAGAACCGAUUUGGACUUCUAGGUAGUGAGUGAGUGGACUGGGCUUUGAAGGAGUGGACAUUUCCCAUCUGGGAACUGGAAGGGUAAAGCACAUCUGGCGGAAGGAACGAAGAGUAGAGGCGCCCCGCGGUCCCCGAGGGUGAGGUCUGAGACCGCUCCCCCACCACGCAGGCGCCCCGCUCCGGCCGGCACCAUGGACAGCGAGGCAUUCCAGAGCGCGCAGGACCUUCUGGACCUGAACUUCCAGUCGCUGGCCAUGAAGCACAUGGACCUGAAGCAGAUGGAGCUGGAUACGGCGGCGGCCAAGGUGGACGAACUGACUAAGCAGCUUGAGUCACUGUGGUCGGACUCGCCAGCUCCUCCUGGCCCGCAGGGCGGAGUCCCCCCUAGGCUGUCCCGGUACAGCUCCAGCCCGGUCCCCGAGCCUUUCGGCAGCCGAGGGUCCCCCCGGAAGACAGCCACGGACAGCGCAGACACCCAGUUUGGACGCUCCGAGAGUGCUCCGGCCCUGCUCCCCUACAGCCCUCUAUCCCCAAAGGGCCGACCAUCGUCUCCGCGCACCCCGCUCUAUCUGCAGCCUGAUGCUUACGGCAGCCUGGACCGCGCGCCCUCGCCGCGGCCGCGCGCUUUCGAAGGCGCCGCCAGCCCCAUGGGCCGUGCUCCCUCCCCGCGACCGGGGUCAGGCCCGCUCCGCCAGCAAGGUCCCCCUACGCCCUUCGACUAUCUGGGACGUGCGGGCUCCCCGCGUGGCAGCCCUCUGGCGGAGGGGCCCCAGGCCUUCUUCCCCGAGCGCGGGCCCUCGCCGCGCCCACCUGCAGCAGCCUACGACGCGCCCUCGGCCUUCGGGAGCCCCCUGCUGGGCGCGGGCGGCAGCGCCUUCGCCCCGCCUCUGCGCGCGCAAGAUGACCUGACGCUGCGCCGGCGACCCCCGAAAGCCUGGAACGAGUCUGAUCUCGACGUGGCUUACGAGAAGAAAUCCACGCAGACAGCCAGCUACGAACGUCUGGACGUCUUUGCCCGACCCGCCUCGCCAGGCCUGCAGCUGUUGCCCUGGAGAGAGAGCAGCCUGGAUGGGCUGGGGGCCACCGGCAAGGACAACCUCACCAGCGCCACCCUGCCGCGAAACUACAAGGUCUCCCCUCUCGCCAAUGACAGGCGUUCAGACGUGGGCAGCUACCGUCGCUCGCUGGGCUCCGCCGCCCCGUCAGGCACUUUGCCCCGCAGCUGGCAGCCUGUCAGCCGCAUCCCCAUGCCCCCCUCCAGCCCCCAGCCCCGCAGUGCCCCUCGCCAGCGUCCCAUCCCCCUCAGCAUGAUAUUCAAGUUGCAGAACGCUUUCUGGGAGCAGGGGGCCAGCAGAGCCAUGCUCCCUGGGUCCUCCGUCUUCUCCAGAGCACCCCCACCUAAGCUGCCUCCCCAGUCCCAGCCACCCCCCCAGACCCAACUGCAGCCCCAGCCCCAACCACAGCCCCAGUUGCCCCCCCAACCCCAGCCCCAGCCCCAGCCUCAGCCCCAGCCCCAGGCCCAACCCCAGGCUCCAGUCCCCCAGGUCCCCCAACAAACAUGGCCACCGGUGAAUGAAGGCCUCCUCAAACCCCCUGCCGAGGCGGAGGCUGAGCCUGAGCUAGAGGGGCUGCUGACACCGGUGCUGGAGGCUGGUGAUGCAGACGAAGGCGCUGUAACUCGGCCCCUCAGCCCCACGAGGCUGCAGCCAGCGCUGCCCCCUGAGGCGCAGUCGGUGCCCGAGCUGGAGGAGGUGGCCAGGGUGCUGGCCGAGAUUCCUCGGCCCCUCAAACGCAGGGGCUCCAUGGAGCAGAGCCCUGCCGUGGCCCUGCCCCCUACUCACAAGAAGCAGUACCAGCAGAUCAUCAGCCGCCUCUUCCACCGGCAUGGCGGGCCAGGGCCUGGGGGGCCUGAGCCAGAGCUGACGCCCAUCACCGAGGGAUCUGAGGCCAGGGCCGGGCCCCCUGCUCCUGCCCCACCAGCUCCCCUACCGCCCCCAGCCCCACCCCAGAGCAGCCCACCAGAGCAGCCACAGAGCAUGGAGAUGCGCUCGGUGCUGCGCAAGGCGGGCUCCCCGCGCAAGGCCCGGCGGGCGCGGCUCAACCCGCUGGUGCUGCUGCUGGACGCGGCGCUGACCGGGGAGCUGGAGGUGGUGCAGCAGGCGGUGAAGGAGAUGAACGACCCGAGCCAGCCCAAUGAGGAGGGCAUCACCGCGCUGCACAAUGCCAUCUGCGGCGCCAACUACCCGAUCGUGGACUUCCUCAUCGCGGCGGGCGCCAAUGUCAACUCCCCAGACAGCCACGGCUGGACACCUCUGCACUGCGCGGCAUCGUGCAACGACACGGCCAUCUGCACCGUGCUUGUGCAGCAUGGCGCUGCAAUCUUUGCCACCACUCUCAGCGACGGCGCCACCGCCAUCGAGAAAUGCGACCCCUACCGGGAGGGCUAUGCUGACUGCGCCACCUACCUGGCAGACGUGGAGCAGAGCAUGGGGCUGAUGCACAGUGGGGCGGUGUACGCCCUCUGGGACUACAGCGCGGAGUUUGGGGACGAGCUAUCCUUCCGAGAGGGCGACUCUGUCACCAUCCUGCGGAGGGACGGGCCGGAGGAGACCGACUGGUGGUGGGCUACGCUGCACGGCCAGGAGGGCUACGUGCCGCGGAACUACUUCGGGCUCUUCCCCAGGGUGAAGCCUCAGAGGAAUAAAGUCUAGCCGGACAGAAGGAUGUUUUCCCAGGCGACAAGAGCAAGCCAGCCUGCCCUUGCCCCAGAUGUCCCCCUCCACAUACUGCUGUUUACCUGUGCCCCUAACUCUGCAGGGGUGGGGCCCUCACCACCAUUUCUCAGCUCUUCCAGAAGCCAGUGGAGGAGAACUUCAGCCUUAAGUUUAGCAAUCUGCCUUAACCGUGGAGGCCCCAGGGGUGAGGCUGAGAAUCUUGGGGGCAGGAGAUCCUCCACAUUUGCCAAAGCAGAUCCCGUCCAAAGUGCUUCCCGCCCUGACUGCCAAUCACUCCUCACCCUCAGCAGCCAACCCACCAUCCCAUCUGAGCCUGGGAUUUGAGACCCCCCCUCAACUGACUUCCCCUGGGAGUCACUCCUAUCCCUUGUCUCCCAGAAGCUCUGGGGUCUGGGGGAGACCCACUGGUUUCCACCAGGAUCCUCACCCCGCCUUCCCCAGUUAAGUGCCUUCACGAAGUGCUGGUUUUAUGUUUAUAACCAAAUGGGGGAGUUUUCUUUAUAAAUAAAGGUAGUUUGCACAGAAAUCGACUCCCUUCUCUUUUGA